GGGUGGAUGCACUUUCUAGGUUGUAUAUAUGGAUAUUUUUUUUGACCAGCAAUUUACGGACAAUAAUUACAAAGUUUGUAAAACUAUCUUUAUAUUCAUUAUAAACACAAAGACUGAAGCCUAAAUGACGACAGUGGAGUGCUAGUGAUACAAUUAACAACUUGUCAUUUUUUUCCGUUAUCGUCUUAGUUUGUUAGAUACGCUUGCUAUGGCUACCUAGCAAGCUACUUGUAGCCAGCUAACGUUAACUCAGUUAGCUCUCUAUUCUAGUCCUCUCAUGCAAAACAAGCUGCUACGCUUAGCUAGUUCCCUCUUUGACUAAGUUUAGCUCACUUGUAGGUUUAUCAGCAGUUAGCAAACAUAGCUAGAGGGUGAGGAGAGGAGGCUCUCUUGUUGCCACGCAACUGUAUGACCCACUGUCUUCAACACCUGUUGGAAAGGUGACCCCUGCCUGACCUGUGACAAGUCACAUCAUCCACUGAACUGAGAGUGGCACCAGUAUGGCAGGGCUGGCGUUAGAGUGGAGGGGCUGACGUCAUGCUCUCACCCUCCUGACACAUUUUUAGAAAGCCCUCAACACUAGAACGAGAGAGGGAGGAAAAGUCUUAGAGGGAGACAGACAGCCCUUGACAGUGAAACGAGAGAGAGAGAGAGAGAGAAGAAGGGAGGAGAGGAGAGAGAUUAAGCCUCAUCAAAAGAAACAACAGUUCUCGUUCACAAUGUAUCUCACUGACUUACCAUGCCAGUAAAGCUCAUUGAAUGGAAUUGAGAAACUCACAUGAGUCUUUUCAACCUCUCUCCUCUUCCCUGGUUGUUGUUCUAGGCCCAAAUUACAAUAUGUUCUCAGUCAACUUACCUGGUAACAUAAGGGUUGGAUAAAUUACAUCAGUUAACUUACCUGGUAACAUAAGGGUUGGAUAAAUAACAUCAGGCAACUUACCUGGUAACAUAAGGUUUGGAUAAAUCACUUCAGUUAACUUACCUGGUAACAUAAGGGUUGGAUAAAUAACAUUGAAUAACAGAACAACGAGAGUCAAAACAAUGUUCAGACAGACGGACACCUCGUCCAAAAGACGUCAUGGAGGACGUGGGGGUCUCACAGCCUUACCCUCGCCUCCUCACCCCCACCAGGGUGGGCGUAUCCGGGGGGUGGAGGUGGCCCGCGGGAGGGCAGGCUAUGGGUUCACCCUCUCUGGCCAGGGCCCCUGUGUCCUCAACUGCAUUCUAAAAGGAAGUCCGGCGGACUACGUGGGUCUCCGCUCCGGCGACCACAUCCUGUCCGUGAACGACAUCAACGUCUCCGGGGCGUCGCACGAGGACGUCGUCAAGCUGAUUGGCCGAUGCACGGGGGUUCUGCUAUUGGUCGUCGCCGAGGGAGACCGGGGAGGCCGUCGUCACGGACACGGCGGUACCAACCGCAACCGUCGCCACGGGAACAAUUCAGGAAGUCCAGCCGGAGGAGCGGCAGCCGCCGCGGACUCGUGCUCCAGCGACGAGGAGUUGUGUGGUUUCCAUAACAGCAGCAGCGGAGGAGGAAACAACAAAAACGUGAAGCCUGGUUCCCGUGGUAACAGCGCCAGCGGAGGCGGUGGAGGAGGAGGAGGAGGAGGAGGAGGAGGGGGUGGUGGCUGGUUCAAGCCCAAGCUGGACUCUAAGACCCUGGGUAUUAACAGGGCAGAGAGGGUGGUGGCGGAGAUGCAGUCUGGAAGAAUAUUCAACAUGAUCUUUGACAACUCUUCACACUCCUCCAGCAGCUCAGAGAAAGACAGGGUCAUCGCUCCUCCUCCUCCCCGUGCCUCCUCUUCCUCGUCUGCGUCGGCCAAGCCUGCGAGGCCCCUGUCAGAGCCAGAGUUCCCCCCGUACCAUAAGGGGAGAGGCCGUUCCCACAGCAACCCCAACCUGCUCUCUGAGGAGGAGCUGGACAGGGUUCUAAUGGCCGACGACUCAGUGUUCCUGGACGGGUUCCAUCUGCAGGAGGCAGAGAUCCAGGUGGAGGUGGAAGGGGAGGACUUCUCCCUGGAGCCCAGUGAGGGUAUCCUGAACGUGGGUAUGAUGGUAGGGUACCUGGGCUCCAUAGAGCUGGCCUCUACAGGAGCUAGUCUGGAGAGUGACAGUCUGCAGGCCAUCAGAGGAAGCAUGAGACGACUCAGGGCUGAACAGAAGAUACACUCCCUGGUCCUCAUGAAGGUGAUGCACGAUUGCGUGCGGCUGUGCAGUGACAGGAGACAGGUCCUUGCUACCUACCCCGCCGAAAAGCUAGCCUUCAGCGCCUGUUGCCCCGACGACCGACGCUUCUUCGGACUGGUCACCAUGCAGGCCACCCGUGACGGCGACGGUCACUAUGGCAAUGGUAACCGGGAGGAAGAGGGCGGGCUGAGGACUUCCUGUCACGUGUUCAUAGUCGACCCGGAACUCUGUCAUCACCAGGUCCAUGUGGGUGUGGCCAGGAGGUUUGGGUUUGAGUGUACUCCUGAUCCCGAUACUGGAGGGUGUCUGGAGUUCCCCCCUACCUCCCAGCCUCUGCUCCAGUUUGUGUCUGUUCUCUACCGGGACAUGGGGGUGAACAUCGAGGGGGUCCGGGCGCGGGCGUUCGUUGAUCCGGACAACGACCCACAGCAGAACCACAGCACCAGUAGCAACAGCGACAGCGGCAUCGGUAACUUCCUGCCAGAUGAAAAGAGUAACCGUGUCUUAUUGGUUGACCUGGGAGGCCAUAACCACAACCCCGGUCCACGCCACUGGGACAGCCCUCCUCCUCCCUCGGUCCCGGGCUGGAACCAAGCCCCUCCCGGUGUCGUCCCUGGCCCCCCUCUCCCCCCUCCUCCUCCUCCCCCUCACCUCAACAGCAGCUACCCGCCCCCGCCUCUCCCCCCUGCCAUCCCCCCUCGAGGGGCCCACUCCUCCCAGCCCUCACUCCACCACUACCCGCCAGGGAAGAGGGGAGGAUCUGGAGGAGGAGCGGAGCAGAGCCUGGCCCAGCCCCAACACCAUCAGUCUCAACGCUGGUUACCAGUCCAUGUCCUGAGAGACUGGAGACAACCGGGCCAGGCAGGACAAACGCAGGGACAAGGAGGCCUGUGUAGUGAUCAGGAGUCCUAUGCUGAGUCAACGGAUGGCUGGUCAUCAACCAACUGUAGCACCCUCCCGCCACCCAUGAACAAGAUACCCGCGGAUCGCUACAGGGCUCCGCUACCAGCCGGGGACCUGCCCCUGCCUCCGCAGCCUCCCGGGCUGGCCACGCAGAAGGAUGAGUGGGCUAAGAAGCUGUUUGGGCCCGCGGCUGGAGAGAAAGGACUCAGAGAGCACAAGCAGAAUGGGAAGAGACGCGGGAAUGGGAAAGACGGGGAGAAGAAGGCUGGUCGGUUUAGAGGUCUGACGAAGGGCUUCCCUCCUCUACCUCAGCGCUCCUCGGGAAGACGAUCCUUCGGCCGCAUUAGCCUGGCACGCUCGCUGGAUGACCUGGAGUCUGCCGUGGUCUCUGAUGGAGAGCUGAACAGUGUUGACCUACAGGGAUGUGGUAGUGACAACAGUCUGAACAGUAAUGCCAGUCUUCCCAGUGUCCAGUGCCAUCGACGUCACACAGAGAGACGGGUGGCCAGCUGGGCGGCCUGCUUUGAGAGACUGCUGCAGGACCCGGUCGGAGUCAGAUACUUCUCAGAGUUCCUGAAGAAGGAGUUUAGCGAGGAGAAUAUUGUGUUCUGGCAGGCCUGUGAGUUCUUCAGCCAUGUCCCCGACAACGACAAGAAACAGUUAUCUCAGAGAGCUAGACAGAUCUAUAACAGUUAUUUAUCCAGUAAGGCCACUACGCCGGUCAACAUUGACAGUCAGGCCCAGCUGGCAGACGAUAUCCUCAACGCUCCCAGACCAGACAUGUUUAAGGAACAACAACUACAGAUCUUCAACCUGAUGAAGUUUGACAGCUAUACUCGCUUCCUGAAGUCCCUCCUGUAUCAGGAAUGUAUGUUAGCGGAGGUGGAGGGGAGGCCUCUACCAGACCCCUACCACAUACCCAGCUCUCCUACCUCCAAACACAGUACCGGGUCAGAUAGAUCCACACCCAAGAAGGAGGACAAGAAGACUAAGUCGGGCCGCUCUCUGAACGAAGAGAGAGAGAGGGAUGAGUGCGGAGGAGAUAAGAAGAAAGGCAUGUUCUUUUCGUGGUCACGGAACCGGAGCUUCGGGAAAGGACCCAAGAAACGGGAUCUGGCAGACAUCAACUACAACUUCUCGGGCAGUAACGGGCGUAGGGAAUCACAAGGCUCUCUGUCAUCUGGAGCCAGUCUGGAACUGGGAACGUCCGGAUCUGGAAAGAUCGAGGGUGGUUCUAUGGAGAGAGACAGAGAGCGAGGCGGUGACUCUGUAACCCUGAGACAGUGUAACAUCAACCUACCAGAUGGGGCAUGUUGCUCUGUGCCGGUCAGAGCUGGGUUCUCCAUCAGAGAGCUGCUGGUGGGUCUCUGUGAGAAACUCUGUAUCAACGUGGCAGCUGUAGACCUCUUCCUAGUCGGAGGGGAGAAGCCUCUGGUUCUGGAUCAGGACUGUAUGACUCUGUGCUCUCGGGACCUCAGACUGGAGAAACGGACUCUGUUCAGACUGGACUUGGUUCCUAUAAACAGGUCAGUGGGUCUGAAGGCUAAGCCCACUAAGCCGGUGACGGAGGUUCUGAGACCUGUAGUGGCCAAGUACGGCCUCCAGCUCAACGACCUGGUGGCCCGCAUCAGUGGGGAGAAGGAGCCUCUUGACCUGGGUCUCCCCAUCUCUAACCUGGAUGGACUGAGAGUGGUGCUGGAUGUAGCUGACAACACACCUGGGAAGGACAAACCGAUCGGGGCUCCGUCUAAAACCCAUGCCCCGCCCCCUACGACUAGGAACCAAUCAGCUACGGGGGAUGAGAGGGCGUCAGGGAAGCCCAGCGCGGUGCUCGGCAACGGAAACAAGCCCUCCUCCUCUGCCCGUGACGACCGCCUCUUACCCAGCAGCCACCGCAAGACGGCGGCGCCAAAUAAAGCCCCGCCCACUGAAAAGAGAAAGCAGAAAAAGAUUACUGUAGACGAAGCUGAAGAGCUCUUCCAGCUCAUAUCCAAAGCUCAGUGCAGCAGAGCAGACGACCAGCGAGGUCUGUUAGACAAGAGUGACCUGACGCUUCCUGACUUCCUCCGCCUCAGCCCUUCAUCACCACCCCUUCCUCUUCCUCCCGCCUGCGUCACCCAGCAUGGCCGCGGCGGUGGUAACCAUGGCGAUAGCGACAACUACGGCUGCGGGGAAAACAGACGUCACGGCAACAAGGAAGGUGGGAGCGGUGGCUCGUUCCCUUUGAACACCGGCAGCCAAUCGCAGAGCUCGGAAUCCUCGCUCGGAACGGAAGGAGGAGGAGGGGGAAGACGAGCGCUCCUCCCCCCCUCCCACCACAACAGACCCCCUCCCCCGUUCCCCGGCACCACAGUCCACCCCCCCUCCCAGGGGCAGCACCACCUACGGGGUCUCCCCAGCCCAGACUGCACGGGGUCAGUACAGAUGUUACAAGAGGAACCCCUAGCGGACCUGACCCUGGUGGGAGAAGGGGACAUCAACAGUCCUAACUCCACUCUCCUAACCCCACACCACUCCUCUUCCACUACCCAUAACCCACCACGCUUCUCCCAACACGACCUCCACAGCUCGCCCUGCUCAGGUACCUCCACUGUGUGAACUCUGAACCGUGGCCUUUCACCUUCGAACUGCGUUUUGACCUCUGAACUAUCCUCUCCUCUCUCUCCUGAAAUGGAACCCUGUUCCCUAUAUAGUGCACUACCCCUAUAGCUCUGGUGGAAAGUAGUGUGCUAUAUAGGGAAUAUGGUUAUAUUUGGGACUCAGCCCCCCCCAGUCACUGGGAGGUGAAGUUAACCCCUUCAGGACACUGAUCUAAGGUCUGUUAUCUGUUCUGAGGAUACAUCUAGAUGAUGUGGUUCAGGGGACAGCAACACUGAUCCUAGAUCUGUUAUCUGUCCUGAGGUUACAUCUAGAUGAUGUGGUUCAGGGGACAGCAACACUGAUCCUAGAUCUGUUAUCUGUCCUGAGGUUACAUCUAGAUGAUGUGGUUCAGGGGACAGCAACACUGAUCCUAGAUCUGUUAUCUGUUCUGAGGAUACAUCUAGAUGAUGUGGUUCAGGGGACAGCAACACUGAUCCUAGGUCUGUUAUCUGUUCUGAGGAUACAUCUAGAUGAUGUGGUUCAGGGGACAGCAACACUGAUCCUAGGUCUGUUAUCUGUUCUGAGGUUACAUCUAGAGGAUGUGGUUCAGGGGACAGCAACACUGAUCCUAGGUCUGUUAUCUGUCCUGAGGUUACAUCUAGAUGAUGUGGUUCAGGGGACAGCAACACUGAUCCUAGAUCUGUUAUCUGUUCUGAGGAUACAUCUAGAUGAUGUGGUUCAGGGGACAGCAACACUGAUCCUAGAUCUGUUAUCUGUUCUGAUGAUACAUCUAGAGGAUGUGGUUCAGGGGACAGCAACACUGAUCCUAGAUCUGUGCCUAUGGGGUCCGCUUCUCCGUCUGCGUGUGAAAGGUUGUUGUUUUUUGAAGUGGACUUGUUGCUGUGGAAACCAGUGCCUAACUUUACCCCCCCCCCCCUCCCAACCCUACACCCUCGGCCGUCUACAACCUACCAAUGUACAGAUUGUAAUGAUGCACUUUAGCCAAUUAGGGGAAAGGACUGCUUUGUGUAUCUAAGCCUUGAUUUGAUUGGUUUGUUCUGUAACCUGGAGCCCUAGAUGGAGUUGGUCUGUCUUUUACCACUCAGCUGAAGAGAAAUCACCUUCACUACACUGUGUGUUCCUGGAAGAGGACAGGACUGCAGACUGUCUCUCUCUCUGUCUCUCUGUCUCUCUGUCUCUCUCUCUCUCUCUCUCUCCCUCUCUCUCUCUCUCUCUCCCUCUCUCUCUCUCUCUCUUUCUCUCCCUCUCUCUCUCUCUCUUUC